AUGGGAAGCACAGGUGAAAGGCUUGUACAGCUGUAUGUUUACGACCUUAGCCAAGGUCUUGCUCGAUCGAAACUGAUGUUUAAUGGAAGCCAGCUUUCACCCAUGCUAUUGGGUCGUCCUAUUGAUGCAGUUUAUCACACUAGUAUCGUUAUCGAUGGAGUAGAGAUAUAUUUUGGAGCUGGUAUUCAGCGUUCAUACCCCGGACAGACUCACCAUGGCGCUCCAAUGGAAGUUAUCGACCUGGGACAUACCAGCCUUCCAAGCGAGGUUAUCGCCGAAUUUCUUGAGUCCAUGAAGGAGAUAUACAAGCAGGAGACAUACGAUCUAUUCAUGCAUAACUGCAAUAAUUUCACCGAUGACUUCGCCAAAUUCCUCGUUGGUCGUGGAAUCCCCUCACACAUAACUUCUCUCCCUGCCGAUGUCCUUUCUACUCCCUUUGGCCAACAGAUUAGGGGCCAGCUUGAAGGUGUAAUGAACCCAAUAACCCAAGCGCCCUCUAUCAAUGAACCACCUCUUCGUUCUAGCGAUCCUCCAACUCUAGUAUCUAGCAGUACCUCCCAGCCAUAUGCUGGCGUCCGUGUAGCUUCAACUCUGUCCGAUUUCGACCGCAUCAUGUCUUCCGCCGCUUCCAAAGCUGCAGUAAUCUUUUUUACCAGCGCAACUUGUCCACCUUGCCGAGUCGUCUACCCUCAUUUCGAACAAAUGGCCGAAGAAUCCGCUGGCAAGAUCGUAUUCGUCAAAGUCGACGUAUCCAAAUCCUACGACAUCGGUUCAAAGUACCAGAUUCAAGCCACCCCUACGUUCGUGAGCUUUAUUCGUGGUGAAAAGUUCGAGGAAUGGAGUGGCGGACAUCCAGGAACAUUGAGAGCUAAUGUCAAUAUGCUGAUGAGUGCGACUUAUCCACCACAUCCACAUGAGAGUUUAAGGUUACCAGCUUUUACGUCCGCGGCCAUGCAGGCGCCUGUUAAGUACACGCGUCAGUUGCCGAUGGACAAAGUACUGGUCAAGCUCGGGAAAGUGGGUACGGAUGAGAAUGUUGUGGCAAUGAAGAAUUUCAUUACUACGAAGCAGAAGCAGGGAGCUAUCGAAGCGAGAGUUCCGGAUUUGCAGAAGUGGUCUAAGUUUCUGCAAUCAAGUUUCCAGGAGCUACCACCAGAGACGCUCUUUCCCGUUAUUGAUAUAUUCAGGCUGUCAUUGACAGAUCCCAGAGUAUCCGCCUUCUACGCCGAGGAACCACAGCAUGCGACAAUUGAAGCACUGUUAGAUACAGCUUUAUCCGCAAAGGGUAUUUACCAAGUAAAGCUGGUAACACUUCAUGCUAUUUGCAACCUCUUUUCGACGAAAUUAUUCCCGCCGUCCCUUACAAAUGCACCUUUAGUCACUCUUGUCCUUGGGUUGGUUACUGGGUGUCUAUUGGAUGAGUCGCAUCCACAACUGAGAGUUGCCGCUGCCGGAUUGAUAUUCAACCUCGCCUCUUUUAAUCAGAAGCUCAGAACCGAAUCAGCUUCCACCGUGGCAGACAGGGAAGAUUCAAUAUCCGAAGAUGAUCAAAUACAACUGCUGGCGGCUAUUGUAGAAUCUAUAGACCGAGAAAACGAGAGCACAGAAGCUCUUAGAGGGCUAUUGUUGAGCUUGGGGCUGAUUGUGUAUGGAGCAAAGAUUGAUGGGGAAGUAUUAGAAUUAGCAGGGGUGUUAGAGGCAGCAAGAAUCGUGGGGGAGAAAGGAAAGAAAUCGGAUAAAAAGUUACUGGGAGAGGAUGGAGCAAGGUUGUGUCUGGAGAUAGGGGAGGAGCUCUUGACGAAAGGGCUACGGAAGCCAUAA